UUGCUAAGUCUCGAGGUCCUGUACGCUGUUCAGACGAUUCUUGACCUAAUUUACGAACCCCAAAUUCAAAAGGCGGGAAUGUCCAUUAAACAUCAACCACUGAACCCACACGCAAAGCCAUUUGGAGCUUUACUAUCUGACAACUCCGAUUUCCUACAAAGUCACAGAUCAACUCCCAUAGACGCUAUAUAUUAACGUAAAUUUAUUAAGAUUAGCCAAACGCCUAGGGGCAGGUCAGCCUAGCAAUUUAGCAUGAUUGGUCGACCAUAGCUAACCGCGAUGUCACAAUUAAACUGGGGGUUAUUUUAUAUCGGAACUGCAUGAAAAAUAAAUGAAUUUAUAUUUAUGUCACCCAAAGCAUACCAAGCUUGCUAUUUCCUUACAAGAAUUCAAAGUAUAACUUCCUUGUUCUUUUUGUUUGGGUCCUUUCAUUCAUCAGUCGACUUUAUGCUUGCUGCAACCAUUGAAAUUUAAAAUGAUGAAAUGUUAGUGUUAAAAAAAGCAAAUAUUAUGAAAAAAAAUUAAUUUAAUUACUCCUUAAAUUUCCAGUGCUGGUGUCCAGUAGUAGACAUAAAGAUAUAGUAGUUAUUAAGUGAGUGAUUGUCUUUGUACAAAGGCAUUAUGCUCUGGGAACGUGAUUGCAGUAGGUGAGAUAAGCUCUCUGUGAAUGGUUUCUUCAUGUUUACCAAGGCAUUGUGUUAGGUGUGUUGUAUAUUGAAUUGGGUUUAUUCUGUGCCACUUGUUUAUUUGCUUGUGAAAAUUGACAAAUUGAUAGAAAUAAGCAGUUGAGCUUAAUUGAAACUCUCAAAAUUUAUAUUUUAAAAGAUUCUACAGAAAAUAAGGUGGUGUAAAAGCAGUAUGUAAGGCAGUAAAAUUCUAUGUUCAGUGUAAAGUGCUAAGUGAAAUUUACCCAUGCUGUAAAACUAUUAAGUCAGUAGCCCUCCCAAAAAAGCUGUCUUUUUUCAUGGUAUUCUAAUAGACAUGGUCAUGUUGCUUUCAUUGCCAAACAUUGUGAGGUAGAAUUAGCCAUUACACCUUACAUAUGUUUUUUUCCUAGUGUUUGUUCACAUGACACAUAGGGGAAUUGAUCUAUGUGCCAACUGCGCAUCUUUCCAAUGAUUGCAAUUGGUGAUGAUAAACAGAUGUUAAACGGAACUCUUUGUCCUGGAGGCAGGGGGGGCUUGGUUUUCUGUAUAAGAGUUAUAAAAGGAAAUGAACACUACUAAUAUGAUGUUAUGGAUCCCAGAAAGAAAGUAAAAGAUAUUCGUCAGCAGCAGCAGCCAGUGCCUGGAGGAAGGGGCAUUCCUGUACAGAAUGUCCGCGCAGCUGCAGUGAAUGUGAACAUGGCCAGGAGAGGGGGGUACCAGUACCCCCCACAGAACCCCCCUCACAACCCUGCCAUGGCAGCUGGUGUGAGCACAGCGGGAAAAGGUGGACCCGCUCCCAAAAAUGUGCCUGCUCACAUGGUUGGAAAAGGGGGAGUGACCCCCCAGGGGACUUUGUCCAGUGUGCCCAGGCAAUUGUUGCUUGAGAAUGCCAGGAAUAAGCCAGUGGAAGAAGGACACGUGCCAAACCUUGAUCUACAAAAUGAAGCUCCAAAUGACUUGAUAAAACAGUAUCUAGAACAACAGCAGAAGGCAUAUUCUUUACAGAAGGAAGCCAGGAAAAAACUGGAAGAAGAGCAAGCGUUAACAAGUUCAGGUGCAGACGAUAGUCAUGUGACAUCAGGAGAGGAAUCGCAGUCAGCAUCAGAGGAGAAACAGGCACCGACUCCACAAAAAGAAACCCCAGCACCACCCGAGAAAUCUGAGAAAAAAGAAGAAGAGAAACUAGAGAAGCCAGCUCAGGAAUCGGCUGGGGAGGCAAAAAAACAGGUAGAUGAAAAAGCUGCCGAGGAAGCCAAACCCUCUCAAGAACAAUCAAAGGAGAAAGAAAUAUCACCAGCCCAGGAGAAAGCAUCAGGAGACCACCCACUGCCACAGGAAGAGAAGAAAGAAGACAAAGAAGGCGAGCCUCCCACUAAGAAACCUCGGUCCAGAUCUCCGUCUCCACAGAGGGCGCCAGAGGUUGCAGCUCCCAGUGGAGGAAAAAGGAAGACCAGGUCACAAGUCAAGGCUCCAGUAAGGUCACGGUCUAGUUCUUCAUCUGGGUCAAGGUCGUCAUCUGGGUCAAGGUCAUCAAGAUCUAGGUCAAGCUCCUCCAGUUCCUCAUCUAGCUCUCCAGAACCCAAGAGGAGGGGUAAAGUACAGAGUAGGACAACACAAUUAAAGAAAAAGGAAGCUGUCCAGACCAAGAGUCUUGACGAGAGCUACCACACAGCCCCUGAGGAUGUGCAGGACACAAAGGAUAAGGAAGAACCUCCACCAGCAGCAGUUGCCAAGGAAGUAGAAACUGUUACCAAGGAAACAGAAGCCAAGCAUGGCAACCAGGAAAUCAAGAUAACACCAAGUGAAGGUGACAAACCAGUGAAAACUGACACUAAUACUGAGGAAGUUGCCAUGGAAACUGAAACUAGUGAAAAGGAGGCUCCAGUGAAGAGGUCCUCACCUAGAAAAAUACAAACCAGAAAGUCCCAGGAAACACCAGAAAAACAGACGGCCCCUACCAAGUCUAAAAAAGCAGAGACCCCCAAGGAGGAUGAACUUCCAGCAGAGAAGGGAGUACCUCCUGGUGAAAAGGAAGAACCCCCUGCGAAGAAGGAAGUACCCCCAGCAGAGAAGGAAGCAACCCCUGCCGAGAAAGAAGGGACCCCUGCCGAGGCAAAGCAACCCCCAGCAAAGAUUCAAACCAGAAAGAUAUCUUUAACCUCUAAAAACAAAGAGAACCAUGACAGCUCAGAGAAGUCACCGGGAGCGGCAGAGGAAAAGCCAGUGAAGAAGCGUAGAUGGGGGACCACUGCUAAGGCCAACAAGAAGGGAGCUGGGAGGAGCAUCAGUCUCACCACAGAGUCCCUAAAGAACCUAAUCCCUGCUGAGGUGAAGUCCAUCCCCGUGGACAGUGUCCUAGAUGUGGACGCUGGACAGAUCUCUGACCAGGACGACGACAAGAGAGAUGUCCAGAUUAAGAGAACUAUUACACAGGUUGUUGGUGAAGAUGGAGACAACAACAACAAAAGUGAUGUGGAAAUGGAAGAUGAUAGUAAUAGAGACAACAAGGGAGAGGAGUCCGAGGAAGACAGAAAACCCCAACCUCAGCAAGGUGAGGACAGCAGGGAUAGCCAGCCACAGGAAGCCAAGGAAGACACAAAAAUUGUCAUCCGUCGCGCUAGCCGGCAAACCUCAGUCACCACUCCUGCACCAGACGCCCCUGAGGCAGCAAGAAGGACACCAUCACCGCCGCGCCACCCUGUCAGUAAGAUCGUCCAUGUGACGGGCCUGGUUCGGCCGUAUACGCUGGGACAGUUAAAGACAUUACUGGGCCAGACGGGAACACUGGUGGAGGAUGGGUUCUGGAUAGAUAACAUCAAGUCCCACUGCUAUGCCACUUUUGAGACAGAAGAACAGGCUAAGGAGACAAGGCAAGCAUUACAUGGAACAAGAUGGCCUCUGUCCAACCCAAAAAUUUUACGUGUGGAUUUUGCAACAGAGGAUGAGCUUAGCUUCCACAAGGACGGUGCCCAAAAACCUAAAGACAUCAAAAGAGAAAUAAAACAAGAUGUCACAAAGCCUAAGGAUAGGGGAACGGAACGAGAUCGUGAACGAGAUCGUGGCCGUGAGCGCAAGAAGUCUGAGGCAGAUAGAGAGAAGGAGAGGGAAGCACGCAGGAAGGAACAUGUGCGUGAGUGGGACCGUGAUAAGCUGAAACAGAAAUCUAGGUCAAGGUCAAAAUCAAGGGAAAGGUCAGCAGAGAGGGAAAGAAGAAGGGAAGAAAGAAGAAAAGAGCGAGCUGAGAGAGAGAAGAAAGAAGAGGAGGAGCCAGCCAAGAUGUUGGAUGAUUUAUUCCGUAAAACCAAAGCAACGCCCUGCAUCUACUGGCUACCACUGACAGAGGAACAGAUCAAGCAAAAGGAACAAGACAGAGAAAAGCGACGCAUAGAGCGUGAAAAGAGACGUAAAGAAAUGGAAGCGGAGGAAGAGAAUAACCGUAAGGAGAAAGAAAAGGAGAGAGAGAAGGAGAGGCAGAAAGAACGCAGUGACAGAACCAAGAAGGAGGAGCGACGUUCUCGCAGCACCAGCAGGCCAAGGUCAGCCAGAGACCGGAGGCGCUGAGUCUGAAGUUGGAGGGAGGGGUGGGGGUGGGGGGUCACCAUGGCCUGCAGUCACCCCGCCUUGUCCCUAAGGUCUGGUGUGUCGUCUGCUGAGAAAAGCACAGUCCUCUAAUACAUGGAGACUGACUUGGUUCCUUUGUGAGAGACUUCCUCUUCAUCCAGGCCUUAGAUGCCAUGUGGAAUGAUGAUAUCAAAUCCAAUAGUGCUGUUUUGUUAUUUCUUGGAAGUUAUUUUAACAGUGACUUUUAAGUUGAAAGCGUCUCUAGUAAUUUAAUUUUGUAUUGCCUUGAUGGCAUAAAUUUUAUGUAUAUUAAGAUCAUUUCUUAGUUAAUGUAAAGAAAAUCAAGUUGGUGUAGUAAACUUAUGAUCGUAGUCACAGUGGUAGUGGACCCUUUUAUAUGUAAGAUGUAUUCAGUUAAAAAAAGAAGCUUUUAAUAUAUGUGAAUGCUAUGGAAGCAACAUGUUGUUAUCUGUCAUACUGCAGUGUUUGACUCUAUAAAAUGUAUUUUUUACUACAGGCAAAUUAAAGGAAAAGUUGUUUUAUUAUGUUGUAAUUUCAGACGGAAGCCAGUAAUGUAAAUAACUCGCGCGUGUUCAUGGCAGUCAUACUUGUAGCUUACAUGUGGCAAUGUUGCAAUUCUUCCUCAGUGCUGGUCAGCAAAUUUUUGUUUUAUAUCUUUGAAUUUUUUUUUAUAACAGUUGCAAUGUAGGAGUAGACCAAAGGAGAAAGAGAGAGAGUUGUGUGGAUUAUGAAAAAAUUGAAUUUUAGAUACUGCACCAAGCUAGAUAUAAUUUCAGAAUAGAAGAUACACCGGCUGGUGUCAUUUUCUCAGCUGGUGAAAAAUGUAUCUGUGAAAACAUCAGUUAUUUUAUUCUUAAUGGUAUCAUUGUCAUACACACAAAAGGAGGGUCACAAUGUAAUCCCCGAGGAAGGGCAAGUUCACAUCCAAGCACAAGGUUUUUUUGGUAUUUUCAUUUUUUUUUUUCGUCUUCUUUCAUGAUGGUUCAGAUUAUUGUUGCAAUUUUUGCACCAUGUUUUCUCAAAAUCCAAAUUUGAUGAAAUAGGGAGAGGGGUCAUACAUUGAAAGAUUCUAUGUGGUUUGUUGAAAUUACUUUCUUUGUACAUACACUGUUAGGUGAAUAAAUGCUAUUAGAUAUACA